AUGUCGGACGGACUCAACCAAGCUCGUGCGAUGCGCGUUGCCGAAAUCAUCAACGACUACCGUACUUUGCUGCUACACAUCUCGCAGCAGAAUGUCAAUGCAUCCCAAGAAGAAUACUGGGAAGAAGGCUUCGUGGUGCUCCGCGAGUCCCUAGCCUCCGCCCAGACCCUAAUGUCCGCCAACUAUCAGCCCUGUCCAGUAACAGGCCAAGGCAACGUCGAGACAGAGAAGGCCGAACUUCAGAGGGUCAUUCUCGACAGCAGCGCACGCCGUUAUCAAGCGCACAAAAUUUAUCUGCGAGCCGCAGCGGCCCGGCGAUGGGCCAUGGCCCGCGCCAGCAUUUUACAAGGCCAACGGCCAACGGCCCAACACGCCGCAGCUCUCAAAAGCGCUACCACCACGCUUCAUCAAGACUUGGCUCGCAUCACGGACACUUACGCUGUCUCUGACCUCCGAGCCGCGGAUAUGCGGGCAGGUCACUGGGUUGACGACGACCCGUCUUUGGAAGCCAUCCGCCGCUGGGUUGGGUCGCAGUAA